UACAUAUUGAGUUCCCCGAAACGUCUAGGCGCAAAGUCGCUGUCCAGUAUCCAUCUUUCAACUUUCCACUCCUUGCAUUGCUUGUUUUUUGCUCAAUCUCCACUACUUAUUUGUUUCUGCCGCUGUACUCCGACCACCGGUCUGUUGAGCCUUCUCUUCACUUGAUCCGUCUUUCCGAGGAGGCGCGUAGUUUACACAAAAUUCAUUUUAUUUACAAUCAUGUCGAGGAAGAUGCUUAUUGAUGGAGAGCUGAAUCAGUCUAAUGAACAAGAGUCCCAUUACGAUUUUGACUUGUUUGUAAUUGGAGCUGGAAGUGGCGGUGUUCGUGCUUCUAGGUUUUCAGCUAACUAUGGAGCUAAGGUUGGGAUUUGUGAGCUUCCUUUUCACCCAAUCAGCUCAGAAGUAGUUGGAGGAGUUGGUGGAACGUGUGUUCUUCGCGGUUGCGUUCCCAAGAAGAUUCUUGUCUAUGGAGCAUCUUUUGGAGGUGAUAUUGAGGAUGCCAGGAACUAUGGAUGGGAAAUAAAUGACAAAGUUGAUUUCAACUGGAAAAAGCUAUUGCAGAAGAAGACAGAUGAAAUAACAAGGUUAAAUGGAAUUUACAAGCGGUUACUGUCUAAUGCUGGGGUUAAACUGUUUGAAGGAGAGGGAAAGGUUGUUGGGCCUAAUGAAGUUGAGGUGAUACAACUAGAUGGCACUAAAUUGAGCUUUUCGGCAAAACACAUACUGAUUGCAACUGGAAAUAGAGCUCAGCGUCCUAAUAUUCCUGGGCAGGAACUGGCUAUAACAUCUGAUGAGGCAUUGAGUCUGGAAGAUAUGCCCAAACGUGCUGUAAUACUUGGUGGAGGGUACAUUGCUGUUGAGUUUGCUUCAAUAUGGCGUGGCAUGGGUGCCACUGUGGACCUGGUUUUUAGAAAGGAACUUCCGUUGAGAGGUUUUGAUGAUGAAAUGAGGGCAGUUGUUGCAAGAAAUCUGGAAGGCAGGGGGAUAAAUUUGCAUCCCAGGACAACUUUGACGCAGUUAAUUAAAACAGAGGAUGGCAUAAAAGCUUUUACAGAUCAUGGAGAAGAGUUAUCGGCAGAUGUUGUGCUCUUUGCUACUGGUCGGAUGCCCUAUACAAAGAGGUUAAAUUUGGAGUCUGCAGGUGUGGAGCUUGAUAGUACAGGAGCUAUUAAGGUUGAUGAGUACUCACGCACCAACAUACCUAGCAUAUGGGCUGUUGGUGAUGUCACAAACCGGAUGAAUCUCACCCCUGUGGCCUUAAUGGAGGGAACAUGCUUUGCAAAAACUGUGUUUGGUGGUCAACCUUGCAAACCAGAUUAUAGGGAUGUACCAUGUGCUGUAUUUAGCAUACCGCCUCUUUCUGUAGUAGGCCUUAGUGAAGAGCAGGCAAUAGAGCAAGCACAAAAUGAUAUAUUGGUUUUCACUUCAUCCUUCAAUCCUAUGAAGAAUACUAUCUCUGGACGGCAAGAGAAGACAGUGAUGAAGCUUGUUGUUGAUGCUGAGACAGAUAGAGUUCUUGGAGCUUCAAUGUGUGGGCCAGAUGCUCCUGAAAUUAUACAGGGAAUUGCUGUUGCGUUGAAAUGCGGAGCAACAAAGGCUCAGUUUGACAGCACGGUGGGAAUACACCCUUCUGCUGCUGAGGAAUUCGUGACAAUGCGCUCGUUGACCAGGCGUGUUACUGCAGGAACCAAACCAAAGACGAAUUUAUAAAAAAAAAAAAAUCAUUGGGAGAGAGAAAUCCAAGCACUGGUACGUUGGUUGAAUGUUUCACUUGCACAAUCAAAACCAAUAAUACCAGUUGGUUUUAUAUGAGAUUUUGGAAACGGUGUAAUUUUCUUAUCAUAAUAUUAUAUUACUUGGAUCAGCAUCCGUUUAUCCUCGUAUGUUGAUGCUUAGCCAGCAGCAUUACGGCAACACUAUUUCUAACAAUUUAAUGUUGUGUAACGUUACAUCUAAUAAAUUUUCAUUAAUCCUUCCGAUAUAUCAAA